AUGGCACCGUUCGGAAGUACUUACACCGACUCGCCCGUUCUCGCCAUGCCUCCACAGCCUGCUCAUCAAGGUCCACUGGGCGGGCCAGUCUUUCCUCACCAGUCAAUGUCGUUCAGUCACUCAUCUUCAUGGUCCCAAACGCCAAUUCAGAAUUCUUGUUCAGUUGCGGGCCGCAAGCGAUCAAGAGACGAAGCAGCAGUCAACCUCGACCCUCCAGAAAAAAUAGUCGAGCCUCCCAUCAUCAAAGAGUCUGAGGAGGACUGGGUCUAUGGACCCGGUAUGACCUUGAUCAAACGCAGCACCGGCUAUGUCCCUGAUGCGACCAGCCAGUCGGGCACGUGGGUUGAAGAGAAGGCCGCCGAGAAAGCCACACAGAGAGCCGAAGCAGCUCUUAUUGCCCAAGAACAACUAUCGCAAGAGCGUCCUUCCUUGAGAAGCCACAAAUCGCAACGACUCGAAAUGAUUACAACCCACUCUCCGACCGACGCAUUUCAGAGCAACCGCUCAAGCCCGAUUCACGACGCCGUAAACCCAAUGACGGCAUCAUCGGACUCGAUUGCUCAACCAGUUGUCGACGACUUCACAGUCCACCUUGGCAUCGGCUGGAGCCGCAUCAGCGACAGCGAGCACAUCCAAGCCGCCGCUCGUGGCUGGGCCCGCUACAUCGAAAACCAUUUCCCUAUCACCAAUCCAAAGAUUCGAUUGGAAAGCCGCGGCCUACAAUCGUACCUGGUCGAGGCCAACGAAGGGUUCUUCCUAUUCGCCGAGAACCUACGUCACGGCCGCCUAGUCAGCAGGGAUGUAGAACGCGUGCUGCAGAACUUGAAGAUUUCCCCGCCAACCUUUGAUGGGCUCGAAACCAUGGACGCUGCUGAGAGUCCCAAGGCUGUCGAGUCCGCACCUGAAUCCGCGCCUACGACUGCACCGACUACAACAAUUGAUAUGGACAUGAACUGA